AAGGUGUUUGAUAAUAAUUUAAUUUCUGUGUUACUGUUAGACAAAACUUAGUGUUUGGAAGUAAUGCUGUUAGUUUUAUUACACUUGUAACACAACACUAUCGUGUAGAACUUUAGUCUCAUCCAACAAGUUUGCUUAUGAAUAUAAAGUUAACUUAAAAGAUUGAAACUAACUAGGCCUACUGCUGCAGUGCUAGUACAGGGACAAAAUAUGGAAGGUGUUAUUGAUCCUUUUACAAAGAAACUUCUGGAAAGAACACAGGCCCGUCGUGAGAAUUUGAACAAAAAAAUUGCUCAAAUCUCAAAAACAAGUUUAAGAAAACGACGACUACCAUUAGAAGAAAUUCCUUCAGGCCAGUCUUCAAGUGGAAAUGAGGCUCAAAAUGGAUCUCCAAAACGACAGUGUAUUGAAUCACCAAAGGUAAAAAUUGAAGGCUAUGUUCAGGAACUCCCUGCUGUGCUAGCUGAGCCUAGUUUUGAUUAUGUCGAUAAAGUGAAUAUAACACAGGAUGAGGAGAAUGAAGAACUUGCAAAUGGUGUGGUAGGAAGAAUACAUGGAUUAGCAUCUCUAAGAAGAAAAAAGUUAGAACAUGAUGGUAUGGAAGUGGAUCAUCACACUACACCUGUAUUGUCUGCUCAAUCUGCAGCUGAGCAUGAGGAAGCUCAAGGAUUUACAAGAUCCUCUUCAGCAUCCGGGCUUGACUAUAAAAAAGAAAUAAAGGUUUUAAGAUAGCUUCCAAGGAAGAAGACGUGGAAGAAUAUCUGUUUGAGGUUUC